AUGGGGCGCGUGGGGAGGUCUCUCUCGCGCGCCUGUCCCCGCUCCGCAUCGCCCAGCUCUCGACAACACGCGACCAUGCCGGCUGCCUCUCGACUUCCGCGUUCGCAUCCUCCGGCGGACACGGAGCAUGUGAGCCGCGCGCGAGCUGCCGCCGCGCAGGAGCAGCGCCUCAUAACGAUGGCGCGUCUGCUGGCGCACACCGAUGUCAAGUUCCGCAAUCGGGGAAUGAAGCGCGUGGAGGCGUUUCUCUCAGGGGUCUCGCGCGCACAGCGCGAGGGGAAGGGCGCAAAGGAGGGCAAGGCGCACGCGCCCGGAGAGGCGGCGGCUGCCAACGGCGCAGACUCGGCCGCUGCCGCAUCUUCUGCUCCCCUGCCGAUCUCGCAGUACGAAAAAGUCUGGACGACACUCUACUACGCAGCCUGGCUGAGCGACAAGCCGCUGAUUCAGCGCGAACUCUUUGUGCGCCUGGCGCUCCUCGAGCGCGUGCUUCCGACCUACGCUGAAAAACGCAAAUUCGUCAAAGCCUUUUUUCUCGUCAUGAAGUCCAACUGGGACCGCCUCGACUGCAUCCGCGUCAACAAAUUCCUUCUCCUCGAAAAAAUCAUGGUCGCCCAGCUCAUGGAUCGCAUGCUGCAGUCGGCACACAAGCCUAAGAAGCUUCACGGCGCCGGCGUCUCCUUCUUUCUCGGUCUUCUUGCUUCUGCUGCGCAGUUUAUCGCGCCGAUGGCUCGCUUCCUCGCGAAGCGCGUCCUCCUCGACGAGCGCGGCGGCAACGGCCUCUCCCAGCAGCUCUGUCAAUACUUCCUUUCUGAGUUCCGCGCCUCGCGGGCACUCGCGCAGGCCGACGAAGAAGCUAUGAUCCAGCCGGUGACGCGCGAACAGGAAGACGAGGAACUCUUUUUCUCUCUUUUCUUCCCUUUCUUCUACGCCGCGUGCUUUACGCACAGCGCCGCGCUUCUUCACUCCAUUCACACUCAAAUCUUUCUCGAACUCAACGAGGACGACAUAUCUCCGCGCCUGCUCGCCGCGGCGCUCUUUGCGUUGGGCUCUCAAAGCGGAAUCGUUGGCGAGAAUCGGCGCAUGCUGUUCCGCACGCUAGACGCCGUGGAAGCAGGGGCUCGCGCGACCGACGGCGGCAGUUCGUUUUCUUCGCUUUCUGCGCUCGCCUCCUCGUCUCCCGGCGUCGCGCGGAUGCUGGCGCACGUGGAGACUCUGCGAGCCUCGUCGGGUGCGGCGGCGGUCGCCGCGGAGCCCAAAAUGGCGAAGAAGCGCGCAGAAAGCGAGGAGAACGGACACUGCGCGGCGGACGGCGACGUGGAGAACCUGGGGCUUUCGUUCCCUGCGCCGCUGUCUGAUGGAGAGGACGAGCUCGCGGCGGCGGAAGUCGCGCAGCGGAAGGGCGACAAGGCUGAGAGGGGGAAGAAGAAGCGCGAAGGCAAGGAUCGGCGCGAGUCUGAGGCGGAGGACGCAGCGCGCAAGAGGAGGAAGCGCGAGUGCGCGGCUCCGUGUGAAGAGGUAGACAUUCCCGAGGAGGGGAACGGGCUGCAUCUCGCCGUAGAGCCGAGCAAGAAGAAGGCGAAGGCCAGCCGCCACACGCAGGGCAGCGACGAGGACUCCGACGCCGGCGACAUGGACUCGGAAUUUGUGGAGGGCACGCAGUUUGUGGGCAAGAAAAAGAAGUUCAUUGGCGACGCCCUCCUUGUCUCUGGGCCGACGCACUCGCUGAAGGUCCGCGCGCAGAAACUCCGCGCGGGCGCGGUGGGGUGCGUGGGCGCGGGCGGAGGAGGUGUGUCCUGUCUCCUCGCGGCCGGAGGCGAGAGCCGGAUGCUCGCGUCGCUCGGCGACGGCGACAGCAGCGGCAGCGACGACCCCGUGAGUGAGCUAGGGACAGUUUCCGGUCUGCUCAGAGACCCGUUGGCGGGCAAGCCGGGGGGGAUUCUCGGCGCUGGCGAGGCGAAGGCGCGCGCGAAGAGCCGAAAGGAGAGGGGCGGAGACACGUGUGUGUUUUCCGCGCCGCAGGGGGGUAAGGGUGAGGAGAAGCUAAAAAAGGGGGACUUCGAAGGGCGCGACCAAGAGAGCCGCGCCUCAGGUUCCCAGAAACGAGCAGGAGGAGUAGCUGUCGUCUCCUCCUCGGCUGAGGGCGGCUCGAGGUCGGACUCAAGCGCGGCCCCAAGCGCGGCCUCCGCCGACGAGGGCGCGGGCGACCGCGGGGUCCGCGACGGCCCCGGGGAGCCGGGGCGGAGCGGAGGCGAGGGCGCCGGGCGGCGCAGAGAGAAGAAAAACCUCGGUUCAGACGAGGAAGACGAAGCGGUGACUCGAACAGAUUCCGGGUCCUCUGCAUCGUCGUGGGCGCCUACCUCCUCGUGGGACGCCCUCACCGAGGACGCUGCGGAAGCGGAAAAAGAAGACGAGCGGCGAGCCAAGAAGGAGAAGAAAAAGAAGAAGGACGCGCUCACCAGCGACGCCUCGCCGCACAGCGCGGGAAGCAGCCCUCUGUGCGGGAAAGGCAAGUCAGGAGGCAAGAAGGGCGUCAUAGUCCCUUCCGGCGCAGCCGCAGCGAGCAGGCGACGCGUCGUGUUUGACCUCAAGCGCAACCGAGUCGCAGCCUUCAACCGCCUGCAGCCGCCUUCUGCAGUCAGCCCGUCAGUCUCUCAAAUCAACUUGCCUGGCGUGCGUCGCGCAGGACAGUCAGCUUCGCCUUCUCCUCUCUCUGGCUCCGCGGCGGCCGCGCUCGCCUCCUCAGGGAAGUCCUCUUCGUCUGCUUCUUCGUCUGACCUGUCUUCUGCGUCUUGUCCCCCCGCUCAGCCUCCGACUUCUUCGCCUCUCCUAGCCGCUGGAUCGAGUGCGCAGUCUGCGUCGGGCGCAGCGAGCUCCGCAGCGUCCUCGAGCGCCGCAGGCAGCAAGCCUGUGCUGAAGUCAAUUCUGAAGCGCCCGCUGGGGGCGGCGUCUCUCCCCGCGCUGAAAGAUCGUCCCCACUGGCUCUCCUCUUCCUCGUCGUCGCCUUCUUCGCGGAACGCGUCCGCGGAGUCGACGCCGCGCGCCGCCAAGCUGAAGAAGUUGUCCAAGAAGAAGAUGCACGCGACCUACGUGCAGGCUCCCGGCCCGGUCCUGGUUUUGCCAGAUGGGGACUUUCACAGCCCGUCGCCCACCGCCGCGCCCGCCUCAGCGAUCCGCGUCGCGAAGAAAAAGGCCAAAAAGAAGAGCGGAGACGUGAUCGCGCUGCCGAGCGACGUCUGGGAGGCGGUGCAGGGCGCUGUCACGCACAAACGCGAGGAAAGUGAGUAG